AAGGGAGAGCCUUCGGUGUUCCAAGAAAAGCUGCCCGGGGCCUGGAAGGCGCCCUUCGGAAGUCGGAACCUUUGGUUCCGGGCCAGGGACGGCGCGGACAGCACCUGGGGCUUUCCGGGAAGAGGGGUAAGCGCGCGACCAUGGCGGCGGCACCGGCCGUGAAGCACUGGCGCACUACGCUGGAACGGGUGGAGAAAUUCGUGUCGCCGGUCUACUUUACCGACUGUAAUCUCCGGGGCAGGCUCUUCGGAGACAGCUGUCCAGUAGCUGAGCUCUCCAGCUUCUCGACGCCGGAAAGGCUUCCCUACCAGGAGGCAGUGCAGCAGGACUUCCGCCCCGCGCAGGUCGGAGACAGCUUCGGACCCACAUGGUGGACCUGUUGGUUCCGGGUGGAGCUGACCAUCCCAGAGGAAUGGGUGGGUCAGGAAGUUCACCUUCGUUGGGAAAGUGAUGGAGAAGGCUUGGUGUGGCGUGAUGGGGAACCUGUCCAGGGUUUGACCAAAGAGGGAGAGAAGACCAGCUAUGUCCUGACUGACAGGCUGGGGGAAGAAGACCCCCGGAGCCUGACCCUCUACGUGGAAGUAGCCUGCAAUGGGCUCCUGGGGGCCGGCAAGGGAUCCAUGAUUGCAUCCCCUGACCCAGAGAAGAUGUUCCGGGUGAGCCGGGCUGAGCUGGCUGUGUUCCACCAGGAUGUCCACAAGCUCCUGGUGGAUCUAGAGCUGCUGCUGGGCAUAGCCAAGGGCCUUGGGGAGGACAACCAGCGCAGCUUCCAAGCCCUGUACACAGCCAACCAGAUGGUGAACGUGUGUGACCCUGCCCAGCCUGAGACCUUCUCAGUGGCCCAGGCCCUGGCUUCCAAGUUCUUUGGCCAACGUGGGGGUGAAAGCCAGCAUACCAUCCAUGCCAUGGGGCACUGCCACAUUGAUACAGCCUGGCUUUGGCCCUUCAAGGAGACGGUGCGGAAAUGUGCCCGGAGCUGGGUGACAGUUGUUCAGCUCAUGGAGCGGAAUCCCGAGUUCAUAUUUGCCUGCUCCCAGGCGCAACAGCUUCAGUGGGUGAAGAGCCACUACCCUGGCCUGCAUGCCCGGCUCCAGGAGUUUGCCUGCCGUGGGCAGUUUGUGCCUGUGGGGGGUACCUGGGUGGAGAUGGAUGGGAACCUUCCCAGUGGAGAGGCCAUGGUGAGGCAGUUCCUGCAGGGCCAGAACUUCUUCCUGCAGGAGUUUGGGAAGAUGUGCUCUGAGUUCUGGCUGCCAGACACUUUCGGCUACUCGGCGCAGCUCCCCCAGAUCAUGCGCAGCUGUGGCAUCAGGCGCUUCCUCACCCAGAAACUGAGCUGGAACUUGGUGAACUCCUUCCCGGUGAGCAGGCCGCAGGGGGCUGGGGUCAGAGCGGGCCUGGGUCCCAGCUGGCCCAUUCAUCUCUCCCCAGGCAUAUUGAAGGGUCCUGGACAGACCACCCAACCCUCACCCAGAGAAGGCUUGCCUCCCCGGGGGUCACACGGCAGGAGGGGCAGGUCUGGGAGGCCGGGCUCUGCCCCAGCCCUGGCUCUGGCCUCUCUCUCUUUCCCGUCUCCCUGCCUGCAGCACCAUACCUUUUUCUGGGAGGGGCUGGAUGGCUCCCGUGUGCUGGCCCACUUCCCGCCCGGUGACUCAUAUGGGAUGCAGGGCAGUGUGGAGGAGGUGCUGAAGACUGUGACCAAAAACCGGGACAAGGGGCGGACCAACCACAGUGCCUUCCUCUUUGGCUUUGGGGAUGGGGGUGGCGGCCCCACCCAGACCAUGGUGGACCGCUUGAAGCGGCUGCGCGAUACAGAUGGGCUGCCCAGGGUGCAGUUUUCUUCUCCCGAGCGACUCUUCUCAGCGCUGGAGACCCACUCGGGGCAGCUGUGCACUUGGGUCGGGGAGCUCUUCUUGGAGCUACAUAAUGGCACCUACACCACCCAUGCCCAGAUCAAGAAGGGAAACCGGGAGUGUGAGCGGAUCCUGCAUGACGUGGAGCUGCUCAGCAGCCUGGCCCUGGCCCGCAGUGCCCAGUUCCUGUACCCAGCAGCCCAGCUGCAGGACCUCUGGAGGCUCCUGCUCCUGAACCAGUUCCAUGAUGUGGUGACUGGAAGCUGCAUCCAGCUGGUGGCAGAGGAAGCCAUGUGCCACUACGAAGACAUCCGGUCCCAUGGUAACACAUUGCUCAGUGCCGCAGCUGCAGCCCUGUGUGCUGGGGAGCCAGGUCCCGAGGGCCUCCUCAUUGUCAACACGCUGCCCUGGAAGCGCACUGAAGUGUUGGCCCUGCCCAGGCCUGGCGGGGCCCACAGCCUAGCCCUGGUGACAGUACCCAGCAUGGGCUAUGCUCCUGCUCCCACCCCAACCUCAUUGCAGCCCCCGCUGCCCCAGCAGCCUGUGUGUGUAAUGCAAGAGACGGAUGGUUCUGUGACUCUGGACAACGGCAUAAUCCGGGUGAGGCUGGACCCAAUCGGCCGUCUGACGUCCCUGGUCCUGGUGGCCUCUGGCAGGGAGGCCAUUGCUGAGGGCACCGUGGGGAACCAGUUUGUGCUGUUUGAUGAUGUCCCCCUGUACUGGGAUGCAUGGGACGUCAUGGACUACCACCUAGAAACUCGGAAGCCAGUGCUGGGCCAAGCAGGGACCUUGGCAGUGGGCACCGAGGGGGGUGUGCAAGGCAGUGCCUGGUUCCUGCUGCAGAUCAGUCCCAGCAGUCGGCUCAGCCAGGAGGUUGUGCUGGAUGUCGGCUGCCCUUAUGUCCGCUUCCACACUGAGGUGCACUGGCAUGAGGCGCACAAGUUCCUGAAGGUGGAGUUCCCUGCCCGUGUGCGGAGCCCCCAGGCCACCUAUGAGGUCCAAUUUGGACAUCUCCAGCGGCCCACCCACUACAACACCUCUUGGGACUGGGCUCGAUUUGAGGUGUGGGCCCACCGCUGGAUUGAUCUGUCAGAGCACGGCUUUGGGUUGGCUCUGCUCAAUGAUUGCAAGUAUGGCGCGUCAGUUCGAGGCAACGUCCUCAGCCUCUCGCUCUUGAGGGCACCCAAGUCCCCUGACGCCACAGCUGACAUGGGGCGCCAUGAGUUCACCUAUGCACUGAUGCCGCACAAAGGCUCCUUCCAGGACGCUGGCGUUAUUCCCGCUGCCUACAGCCUAAACUUCCCUCUGUUGGCGCUCCCUGCCCCCGGCCCUGCGCCUGCCGCCGCCUGGAGCGCCUUCUCGUUGUCCUCGCCCGCAGUGGUGUUGGAGACUGUCAAGCAGGCAGAGGCCAGCCCCCAGGGCCGCACAUUGGUCCUGAGGCUGUACGAGGCCCAUGGCAGCCACGUCGACUGCUGGCUUCACACAUCGCUGCCGGUUCAGGAGGCAGUCCUCUGUGACCUCUUGGAGCGGCGUGACCCUGCUGGCCCCUUGCCCCUUCGGGAUGCCCGCCUGAAGCUCACCUUUUCUCCCUUCCAAGUGCAGUCCCUGUUGCUCGUGCUGCAACCCCCACCGAAUUGAGUCCCUGAGGGUGGGGGUUUGUGGAAGGCUUUGAUCCUUAUUUUUGCAAGGAUCAGUCACCUCUUAAACAAUAAACCUUUGGCUCAGGAACCCA